AUGCCCUCAACGACCAUUCAUUCAAUAAAGGAAGCGCUGAGCACUAAAAUUAUCACUCUUAAAUCGCAAUUCAUUGAAACUCGACUCAAUGAGCUGAACAAUGAGCUCCGAGCUUACUUGCUCAUGACCAGCUUUGACAAUGUUCCAGAAGAAGAUCAGAUCAAAGUCCACAUUAAAAAAAUGCUUGAAUCUUUCAAAAAGGAGUGCUUUGAAAAUGCUAUCGAAAGUGCAGAGUUUUGCAUAAUCGAGGGAAAGGUUCAAACCACUUUGGAGAAAACGGGUUUGAUUUGCCGGAGCAUGCUUGCCUCAAAGAAAAUCGCAGAGAUGAAAAAAGCUGAGCUUGAAGCUGAAUUGGCUGCCGAGAAACACGAUUCCGCAAAUUAUUCCGAUAUUUCUUCUGAUUCGGAAAAUGAUCUAGAGGAAGAGUAUGAAACAUGUAAAACGCAAUCAAAUGGUUCUCUAAAUGUGCUGGAUAGUGCUUCAUUGCCAAUCAACUUCCCACGGCCUGACUCACCAGAAUACGAGGAAAUCUCCGACACAGAGAUCGACCGAUAUGUCUCGAAACCCUUAGAAGAGGACGCAUUCCGCGAGAAGGACAUCAAGUUCCGCCCGACAAAGAAGAGGAUUUGUGCGCAACGCGUCGGAGAUGUGUUCAACGAGUUGUUGGCUGGGGAGUUUCACAAUGUGCUCGAGUGUGACUCAAUGAGCAUUGCGAAAAUCUCGGCACUCAUCGAAUACUCGAAAAGUCAACGCGACUUUUUCUCGAGGACUCUUUGCAAGGCUCGUCGACAAAUGGAUUUCUUUCUUUUACUGUAUGCCAUUCAAAGAGACCUUCCGUUAAACGUUCCGCCCGGCACCCACAUCACUUUACUUUGCGAUAUAAAAGAGUGGUUCAUCGAAAUGAAAAAUAAGCGAGAACGGGAAGAAUGGGAGCGAAGAGAAAAUGAGGAGAAACAACGACAAGCCGAGAUAUUGAGGAGGCUGGAAGAUGGGAACAACUCGAGGAAAAUAUUCUCUUUCCCGAAGCUUCCAAAUCUCAUCUGCAAUUCAGGCAGGAAC